AUGACUGAUGAUAGUUCUUCUUCUUCAAACGUUAAAACUCUUUCGUUCUUACGAGUUGGGAAGCGUCGAUUGGAGAUCUUUCAAAAAGCUUGUCUGAAAUUUGGUCUUACUGUUGUCGAUCAUACCACUCAGAAUGCGUUCGUACUAAUCGAUGAUGAGCUAGAUUUUGUGUCAGCAAGUAAAACAGUGAAAAGUUCGACGAAUUCAACACCAAUUUUUAUUCGAACUCAAUGGCUAAGUGAUUCAAUUAAACAAAAUCGACUUCUGUCAUAUCAAUCCUAUGUACUCCAAGCUGCUCCAUGUCCUAUUCUACCUUCGGCCACUGAGACUUCAGAACGGAUUCAUUUCAAACGUGAACGUGCAAUUUCUUCCUCAGCGUCUGAUACAGAUGAUGAAUCGAAUUCAAAGAAGAGACAACUCGAUAUUCAACCAAUUCAACCAGGUGAAUUACCACGAACGACUGGGAUAUGGUUGUGUUCGGAAGCAUCAUCCUCAACUCCAGUCGUCGGCAAUCCAAAUGAGAAGAUCAUUGAAAAGCUACGGGAAAUGUCGAGAUUAUACCUGAUCACCAAUGAUAAAGGUCGCAGUAUCGCCUAUGAAAAAGCAAUCGAAGCAUUGAAACGUUGCACACAUCCCAUUCGUACAUAUGAAGAAAUCAAAGCAUUACCUUAUGUCAAACAAUCGUUAGCCGACAAGAUUUGGGAAAUCAUUCGUACAAACAACUUAGUUAAAUUAUCAGCAUUUCAAUCACGUAAUGAUGUUUCUACAUUGGCGUUAUUUGCUGGUGUAUGGGGUGCUGGUACUGAAACAACGAAACAAUGGUUUGCACAAGGUUUUCGUACGCUCGAUGAUCUACGGAUGCGAGCACGUCUUACACGUAUGCAACAGAUUGGUUUGAAAUAUUACGAUGAUUUCAAUACACGUAUUCCACGAGAAGAAGUCACACGUAUAGAAACAAUCGUCAAAGAAGCAGCGAAUGAAGUUACACCUGACCUAAAGAUUGAAACAUGCGGAAGUUAUCGUCGAUUGAAAGCAACCUGUGGCGAUAUAGAUAUUUUGAUGACAUUCAAAGAUGGCAAAAGACAUGUUCAUGAAACAGUACUUGCUCCGCUAAUUGACAAACUAAAGCAGAUUGGAUUUCUCACUCAUGAUCUAAUUAAUCAUUCUGAAGCGUCAGCAUCAACAUCAGGAAGCACUUCCGAACAAUUAACCUACUUUGGUGUUUGUCGUUUAUCAGAUCCGGGAUCACUACAUCGCCGUAUUGAUUUAAUCUUCGUACCAGCAAAUGAAUGGGCUUGCUCUCUACUUUAUUUUACGGGCUCGGCAACGUUCAAUCGAUCGAUGCGUCGUUUAGCCCGCCGUUUGAGUAUGUCACUUUCUCAGCAUGGACUCUACCACGGUGUUGUCCGGAAAGGCGUUGAGAAAAUCAAUACUGGACAACCGUUAGUAACACCAACAGAAGAAUCGAUCUUUCAAUAUCUUAAUUUACCAUAUCGGCCACCGGAAGAUCGAGAUCAUUGA